UCUUGCACACCCCCCCUUAGGCGCGGCCCCUUUAAGACAGUCUCAGCCCUCGGGCGUCGUCACGUGACGGGUCUUUGUCCGAACAUUCGGGCGACGGAAACAACACCGGCGAAAUCAAAAGCGGGUGAGAAGGAAAACGGAAGAGACAAAGACGCCCGAAAGGGGGUGGCGUCUUCGGCUCCAUUCACACGUCCGUAGAAUGGGUCCGCAUUCUGCAAAUUGCGGAAUUCAUUCUCUAUGGGGCAGGAAUGCAUGCGGACAGCACACGGAGAAAGCAAGUGGCCGCCGGCAGAAUUUCGUGUACUGGGAAGGAUGGAUUUCUCCUCUCAUCAUAUUCGACUCCUGCAGCAGUUGGAUGAGCAGAGAAGGAAAGACCUGUUUUGUGACUGUCACAUCAUGGUAGAAGGCCAGAUGUUCAAGGCUCAUAGAAAUGUCCUGUUUGCGAGCAGCGGGUACUUCAAAAUGCUGUUGUCCCAAAGUUGCAAGGACAUGAGCAAGCCCACAACGGCCACCUUUGAUGUUUUCUCCGCUGACACGUUCACUGCCAUCCUAGAUUUUGUGUAUUCCGGUAAAUUACCCCUGUCUGGGCAGAAUGUCAUUGAAGUUAUGUCGGCAGCUAGUUAUUUGCAAAUGACUGAUGUCAUCAGUGUAUGCAAAAUGUUCAUCAAAUCCUCCCUGGAUAUCAAUGAAAAGGAUAGGGAUGGCUUCUUUAGCUUAUCUGACAAAGACAAUGGCACCAACGGCACUGGACUGUAUGCAGCUGGGUGGAGGACUGAAAAUAGCCCAACACACACCCAUGAAGCAGCAGAGCACAGCGGUUUCAUCGCCGGAUACAAUUACCCCCCUCCUAUGACAUCACGGUUGCAGCGCCCUUUCUCCAAACAUUCCCGUAAACCAGAGCAUGUCCGUAAGCACCGUAGGCGGUUAAUGCACGAGCCUCUGAACUCUUCACGCGUUACCUCAGUACCCUUAGGUGACCUUGUCGGUGGUUCUGCAGAAUGUAUAGUCCAUGAUGAAGAGAAUACAAUGCAGGAUGAAGAACCACAAUCGCAUGAAGAAUUGGUGUGCCCAAAGCUUGAAGAGGACGAAGAAGGUGACACUGCUCAAAGCUGGCCAGAGUCACCACAACUUGUAGAUUCUGGGGACCAGGAUAUGGCUACACGUGUCUCCAAGGCUGAUGAGCUGUACAAAGCGAUGCCUACCAUCUUAGGUGUUAUGUCUGGUUGGAGCGAAGAUGACCUGAGUCCCGUGAGAUUUAAAUGUCCGUUUUGUACCCACACUGUCAAGCGCAAAGCUGAUCUGAAGCGUCAUCUGCGAUGUCACACUGGAGAGCGGCCAUAUCCCUGUGAGGCUUGUGGGAAGAGGUUCACACGUUUGGAGCAUCUCAGGAACCAUUUUCAAACAAUCCAUGAAGCUGGCAAGCUCAUCUGCAGACGGUGCAAAUUAUCAGUCACAGAGGUCACAGGUCGAGUAAUUCAAGAUGGGACAAGAAGAUACCGUCUGUGUCAUCCAUGUCUAUCAGAAGCUGGUUUGGAUAAUGUCAACUUUGAUUUUGGGGAUGACCAGCCCCUGGUGCUACCACCUGAAAAUGAGCGGGAGCAGAGAUGGAACUUCAAGGACGAUGCUAAAGAAGAGAACAGUCGGGAUCGCCCAGAAUCAGAACUUGUUAUUCAAGAGGUAGAGGACAGUGAGGAGGAAGAUUCAAAGUCCCGAAUAAAGUAAAUUUUCACAGGAGUAAAAAUUAUCUCCAAAGGACUUUAGUGUUCUCCUCUCAUGAAACUGGGAUGUUCUGAUGGUAACACCUAUUUCGUGCUGUAAUUUAAUAUGUGUCCAUGGUUGUUUUUAUUAGUCAUUGUGCACAAUUUUUAGUGGCAACUGUAUCAUAUUACCCCAUCACUGUGACUGAAUGCCAGUUUUCCCUCAUGGAUGUUACAGUUUGGUGGUAACUGCCAUUAAACAUUUCCUUUCGUGUAAAUAUCCGGCUGUAACACCCCCCUCCCCCUGUUAAAUAUUGCUCUGUAUGUUAUGAGUGUUCCUGAAAGUUUCACUGUAAUGAACUAUUAUUUUUACAAAUGUUACUAGUAUUGCUUCCUCGCUACAACACAACCGUUCCACACCCAAGUAUAGUAAUAUGAACACUGCCACAAAAAUAAUAGCUGCCUACAGUAUUUAUUAAAAAUAGAUUUAUUUCCAGUCUUCAGUGCAAACAGCAAGUGGCUUUAACGCCUUGCUAUAAGGCUGGAUUUCCACAUUCAGGUUUUUUCAUGCAGUUUCAGUGGUAAAACCAGGAUGGGAUCUCUUCGAAAAGGACACAUA